CUCUUUCUCUCCCUCUCUCUCUUUCUCGCUUACUCAACCCUCUUCAUCAAUUCAGUACGCACUUGCGUGACUGAAAUGGGGAAACACUAGGUGAGCAAAUGCUCGUGAACUAUCACCUUAAUCAACAUACUUAUCACCUUCAUUAUCUCCAGCAUCAUCAUCAUCGAUUACCAUCCCUGUUACUAUCCCAUUUCAACCAGCGCUUUGUAUACCACCGCCGCCGCCACCACCACCACCACCAUCACCAUCAUCAUCAUCACCAUCAUCCCUUAUUGUCUUUGCCAUGGUCACAGCUGACGUUAAUAUUGUCACCAUUUGUAUAACACCAUCAAUGUCGUCUGCGCCAGAGCAUCGUUAUGAUAUGUGAAGUACAAAGAUCAAAUCUGUGUUCUAUUGAUACUGACUAAUCCGAUUGUGUUAAUCCAUUUUUUUAAAACUCUAACAACAACACCAACAAUAGUAACAACAACCAUAACACCGACAUUAGCAGCAGCCUCACAACAACAUUCAUAACAGAUGCUAACCACCAAGAGAGAAAUUCUUCUGCUGUCGGCUGCGUGUAUCAGAAAUAACAACUUGCUUGACACAAACACAAGUGGUCAACAACAAUAAAGGGAAGAGCAUCACCACGACGGCGGCGGCGGCGGCGACGAGAAAAACUGAGGACAAUAAUAACAACUUCAUCAACAAACAGGAACAAUGAUGGAGACUGGAGACUCACAACAGGAUCUUAAAGCGGGCCCCACCAACGUUACCUUGUUACCAAUCGAUGGAAUGAGUCACAGCAGUGGACACAAAAUUCAAGCCACACUGACCAGUCCAAGGUGUCGCAAAUUCUUAGUGGUCUCCAUAAAACGUCUGUGUAUCAUUCUACUCGCUGUGGCCGCUGUCGUUGGCUGGUAUUUUGGAACCAAAUCGAAACAGGGCAACUACGGUUUAUUUGCCCAUCCAAAGCCAGUUGGAGGAUUAAUACACCUUAAGGAGAGUGAUGAAUCAAUAGAAAACUACAUGACUCAACUCGAUGAAUUCCUGGAAGCUUACAAGGAGGAGAAACAAGCAACUGACAAGUUUAUAAAAUGCCAUGGUUUAAUGACAUGCAGUCCAUUUGUGGAUAAAGUGUGCCGAUUUCCCCUUAAAAGGGCUGGGGAUCUAUGUGUCAAGGGAAAUACUUUUGGAUACAACCCAAGUGAAAACCAAUCCCCAUGUCUAGUACUUACUUUACGCUUGCCUCAAGAACUGAGACCAAUUCCAUUUUCUGAAAAUGACACAAAUUUUCCAGUGAAUUUAGAGGAAAUGCUAGACAUUGAACCAUGGACAUUACCUGUAACGUGUCAGGGAAAUACCCCAGUGGAUCAAGAUAAUAUGGGUGAAGUGAUUUAUAAACCUAUGGCUGGUUUCCCUCUUUAUUACUUUCCAUACCAUGGACAGGAAAAUUACUUGUCCCCUCUGGUUUUCAUCAUGUUCAAAGGAAUCAAAAGAUCAAUGGCUGUGACAAUUACAUGUUCAGUGUGGGCUUCCAACUUCAGAGAAGGAUCCUAUCAAACUACUUUUAGCUUACUUUUGGACUGAAAAAAAAAAUCAUUGAUUAAAAAAAAAUGACUAUCAUAAACAAGAUUAUCAAGGAUCUAUCAACUUUGCACCUGGUUUGCUAUUCUAACAAUAGCAUUUCAAGUGUUCAAAACGCAUCCAUUCCAACUGUUUCUAAUUUAGUACCAUGUAGUGUAAGCUUCUGUGACAACAAGAGAUGUCAGAAAAGAGAGCAAAAACAGGUAAAUUCUGGGCCAUUUAACUCCUAUUGAGACACACAGUGCCUCAACUUGACUAGUAACAAGUCUAUUUAUCAACUGGUAUACCUGCAACAUACUACUGGCAUCUUGUUAUACUUUAACCAUAAAACCCUAUCCAAGUAUACCAUUAUCUCAUUGUUUCUCAUUCCACUCCUUUUUCGGUGCCAAUAGCUUUCUUCUAACUGGAACUUUGCAAUACAUAUGUUUGUUUUUGAUUUUCUCAUUCUUUUUGUUUCAUUCUGACUUAAUACACACAUUUCCAAAAAUUACAUAUAUUAAUUUUCAUGCAAUUACACACAACAGGAUUUCUCUAUAAUUUUAUUAUUUUUUUCUCUCUAUCAGAUUUAAAUAAUCAAAGAUAUCAGUAUCCUUUCAGUUGCUGGAAUUCUUAGGGGAUCAAAAGCCACUGAAAAUCAGUUGACAGAAAGAUGCUAUCAAUUAUCAUUUACAUUUGGACACUAUUCUGUUAAUGAUCUAGUCAUUAAAUAAUUCUUUAAUUCUUUAAUUUAUAAAGGCUAACAGCUAAUAAGUUUCAGAAAACUACAAUAUUAUCAGAGGUUUUAUUAGCAUUUAUUUGUUACUUUACCUAAGACAGUUGCUGAAAUUUCCCUGCCAUCACUACUGAGAUGCUCCAUCCCAUAUGUCUGCAAAGCACUAAAGCUAUACUUAUACCAUUACCUCUGGUGUUACUGGGAUGCAAAUCAUUCAUGAGAUAUGUAUCAUUUCAUCAUAAUAUAAUUGUCUAUGCAAACCUUCCUAACAUAUAAUAUGAGUUCCCUAGUCAUGUUCACAAGAAUUAAUAGCUGAUGUCUAACACAAAUAUUACAGCUAACUCGAAAGGAUAACAUUGAAGCUACCACACAUGACUUUUCCAACUUUUUAUUCUCCACUGGUAAUUGAAAAGAAUUGUAGCGUAAUAGAGCUCAACCUAGUUUUCAUGACAUCAAACUUUCUCCAUCUAGGAUUACUCUGAUACCAGAUGUAAACAUGAUAAUAAAAACAGAUAUCAUGCAUAGAUCAUACGUAUAAUUAAAUGCUAACAUCCCUUAUUAGUAAUACUGUUUAUUGAGGGAAAGCAAACACAGUUUUCCCAGUCACUUCACAUUUAUUCAUUACAAUUAAAGUUCUGUUCUGUACCACAAUAUUGUUUUACUACAUUAGUCAAACUCCCAUUCUACUUAUUUGCUCACACCAGUUAUUCAAUUUCACUGUCGUUAACCUUUCUCAAUCCUUUCAUUUCCCUCCAAUACUACCGAUCUUCUCAGGUGACAAGUAUUGCCAUAAUAUAGAAAAAUCGCUCAAUUUUUAUACCAGAAAUAAUACGAAAAUGUAGAUCACAAAAUGUAGAUCACAAAAAGAUAUACAUUCUAUAGAAGCAAACAGCAAAUGGCUGAGUAGAUAAAGUGAACUACAAUUCCAGAGUCUUCAGUUCUAAUCUGCUUCAAGCUUCUUUUAUCUGUUUCUGAAUAGGACACUUAAUUCUACAUGUCUUUCUUCAUUGACCUAGCAAUGAGGAAAAUAUAUUUAUUUUAUUCAGAUGAAAAUUUAAUGACAUGUAGCUAGAGUUAAUUAUUGACAAAAUAAAACUUGUAUUCAAUACAGUAAACGUUUUCACAGAAGCAUAAUUUAUAUAGUAACACACUGUAAUAUAUUUUUUACUACAAUACAAGCUUAUUGAGUCUGUAACAAUGGAUCUGUUUAUAACUGAAUGUAACACUUCAUCAAUCAAAUACUUUUGAAACAUUUUGACAAAUUUCACUUAUUAGUCAAUAGGCUUUCAACAUUGUUCUUGCCUACAGCUCAGCUGUUUUAAAAUAUAAAGAACAAGAAGAAAAUCUCAUUGCUUUCUAUAAACAUCUUUAGGAAUGUUUUCAAAACAUUUAAUAGAAUGUUUUCAUUACCCAAGCCAUCCAUAGUUUGGUGCCAAUACAAUGUAUUCUUAUAAUUUUUUUUUAAUGUAUUUUGAAAUGAAAAAGAGAAAAGAAGAUAAUUAUUUUAAUCUUGGAUUACCAAGAAUAUAGAUCUUUAAACAUUCAAUAGCACUUUAUUCUUGAACUAAGAAAGGUAAA